ACCACACUGCCUUGCACUUGAGGCAUUCCCAAGGCACCACCCAGCAUCCAUGGACUCCAAGAAGCUCAGCAAGAUCACCGAGUUGGUCAGUUACCAGCAGAUGCUGAAGAAGUGGAAGAAGCUUGCAGUUGCAGGCGAUGGCAGCAGCAAGAGCAUCAGGUUCCUGAAGAGGGCCCUCUCCCUCUCCGGGUACAUCCCAAAGGGAUGCUUCGUUGUGUGUGUCGGACAGGAGAUGCAGAGAUUCGUGAUCCCAACCGAGUGUUUGAGUCACACGGCCUUCGCAGUUCUGCUCAGAGAAGCAGAAGAGGAGUAUGGCUUCGAGCAGGAAGGAGUGCUGAGAAUCCCCUGCGAGGUGUCUGUCUUCCGAAGCAUAUUGAAGAUGGUAGAGAAGACCAAAGAAGGCAUUUACUACUGCUGAUAGCUGCAGGUGAGGUUGCAGAAAAGUGAAUGGCUGCCGGCGAGGGAUGACACUUCUCCCCCCUGAAACCAUCUUCCCAUCUUUCUUCUUUCCUGUUCGUGAGAAACAAAUCAAAUUGUGUCAAGCUGACCUUCAUCCCAUGUUAAGAUCGGUAGAACUCCAAUUAAAUGAAGAAGACGAGCCUUCUCCUCUGAUGUCGUGCUAAGCUUUGGACCUCCGAAAUUUUCUUUUAAAAGCUUAUUAAGCGAGUCAACCAUUGAGAAAAUAAGGCAGACUGAUGAGAGAGAAGACAAGGGAGGUUCUAAGCAUUGCGUGCAGGAAGAGAAAUAAUUCGGAAAAUAAGCGAGUCAACCGCUGUAGUCUAGUUGGUUUUUUUAUU